CAUUUAAGGGUUGGCAGUAGGGGUGAGGGGGAUCUUGCUUGAGUAUCCCUGCUUACCUAGGGCCUUCUAAAGAGAGAUGCCAAGGGGCAGUACCUGUUCGACCUCCUGUGCCACCACCUGAACCUGCUGGAGAAGGAUUACUUCGGCAUCCGCUUUGUGGACCCCGACAAGCAGAGGCAUUGGCUGGAGUUCACGAAGUCGGUUGUGAAGCAGAUGAGGGCCCAGCCGCCCUUCACCAUGUGCUUCCGCGUCAAGUUCUACCCCACGGACCCUGCGGCGCUGAAGGAGGAGAUCACCAGGUAUUUAGUCUUCCUGCAGAUCAAAAGAGAUCUCUACCACGGCCGCCUCCUCUGCAAGACCUCGGACGCCGCGCUGCUGGCCGCCUAUAUCCUUCAAGCUGAGAUCGGGGACUACGACCCCGGGAAGCACCCGGAGGGCUACAGCUCCAAGUUCCAGUUCUUCCCCAAGCACUCGGAGAAGCUGGAGAGGAAGAUUGCGGAGAUCCACAAAUCAGAGCUGAGCGGGCAGACGCCGGCCACUUCCGAGCUGAACUUCCUAAGGAAGGCACAGACCCUGGAGACCUACGGCGUGGACCCCCACCCCUGCAAGGACGUGUCAGGCAAUGCAGCGUUCCUGGCCUUCACCCCCUUUGGGUUCGUUGUCCUGCAGGGAAACAAGAGAGUGCACUUCAUCAAGUGGAACGAGGUGACCAAAAUGAAGUUUGAGGGGAAGACGUUCUACCUGUACGUGAGUCAGAAGGAGGAAAAGAAAAUCGUGCUCACCUACUUUGCCCCAACGCCGGAAGCCUGCAAGCACCUCUGGAAGUGCGGCAUCGAGAACCAGGCCUUCUACAAGUUGGAGAAGUCGAGCCAGGUCCGCACGGUGUCCAGCAGCAACCUGUUCUUCAAGGGGAGCCGCUUCCGAUACAGCGGCCGCGUUGCAAAAGAGGUGAUGGAAUCCAGCGCCAAGAUCAAGCGGGAGCCGCCGGAGAUCCACCGGGCCGGGCUGGUGCCGAGCAGGAGCUGCCCCUCCAUCACCCACGGCCCCCGGCUGAGCAGCGUGCCGCGCACCCGCAGGAGGGCUGUGCACAUCUCCAUCAUGGAAGGCCUGGAGUCGCUCCGUGACAGCGCCCACUCCACGCCGGUGCGCUCCUCCUCCCACGGCGAUGCCUUCGUGCCCCACGGCCGCGGCGGCCGCGCCGAGAGCAGCGAGCGUGUGGCCGUGAUCGCCGACGAGAGCUACAGCCCCGCUGACAGCGUGCUGCCCACGCCCGUGGCCGAGCACAGCCUGGAGCUGCUGCUGCUGUCGCGGCAGCUGAACGGGGCCCCGUGCAGCAUCGAGGAGGAGAAGGAGUCGGAGGCCGGCACGCCCGGCACGGAGGCCGAGGAGCCGCGCGAGCUGCGCGCGCUGUGCCCCGGUGCCGGCAGCGGGCCACGGGCGGAACAGGUGAAUAAGUUUGUUUUAAGUGUCCUCCGUUUGCUCCUCGUGACAGUGGGACUCCUCUUUGUCUUGCUCCUCCUCCUCAUCGUCCUUACCGAGUCCGACCUUGACACUGCCUUUUUCCGCGAUAUCCGCCAGACCCCCGAGUUCGAGCAGUUCCAUUACCAAUACUUUUGUCCCCUCAGGCGAUGGUUUGCCUGCAAGCUCCGCGCCGUGGUGGCUCUGCUCACUGACACCUGAGGCCGCGCGGCCCCAGCGCCCUUCGCUCCGCGGGAGAAGAGCGGAAGCGCCGCAGGGCUCCCUGCCCGCAGUGCUGCGGGAGAGCCCCAUAAAGAGAGGAAUUGAUUUUGCUAUUAACGCCCGCCCUUGCGCCAGCGUCCUCGCGGGGGCCGCGUUGCGCAGGAUGGUCCCCGUGUCACCGCGCUGCAGGAACCCCCGUGCCGCCCCUGUGGGACCCGGCAGCACCACGGCCCCGCGCUCGGCUCCUUUUGUACAAAAGAAGACUGUUUGGAGGUCUAUUUUAACAACGAGAAGCUAUUUUGUUAUUGAUCCCGCGUCUUUUUUUACUUUACGCCCGGGGCUCAGGGCGGCGGAGGCUUUGCAGCCUGGUUUGGGACACGGAGCGCAGCGGUAAUUCCAGGACUUUCCUGAGGACAAAAGGCCAGCGCUGCGGGAGCAGAGGUCAGGCUGAACUGCCACCCCACAGCAUCGCUCUCCAUCCGUUCCCAAGCAAAAUCGUGCUCAUAGCUCAUGGUCCGCGGGACAGCGCCGCCGGGCCCAGCCCUUCCCCAGGAGCAAUAACCCCGGUCCAGGUGAGCUGGGGCUGACGCCGGACACGAGCAGCUCUACUUCAUCUCAGGGAGAGAUCUCACGGCGCCGGGGCCGUCCCUGCUGUGCUCAGCACCGCGGUGCCACACGCCAGCCACGCAGCACGGCGGCACGGGGCGAUGCGCAGCAGGACGGCUGGGCUCUGCCGCCACAGGGCCGCUGUCACCGCCGCCGCGGCGCCGUCCCCAUGACCCCGUUUAUGCAACGUAGCCGAGUUCACUCGUAGUGUAGUGUUCCUACCUCAGCCCGUAGUCAGUGUGUCUAUGCAGUGCGUGGUAGCCCCCGCCCGCCGCCCUCGGCCUCCUCCAUCCGCUUCCUCUAGGAUAGCGACAGCCCCAGGCCCCGCUGCCGUCCUCCCCCAGCGCUGAGAGCUGGUUCCUUGCCACGGGCUGGGCCCCGCGUCCCCCGGCCGGUGCUCCAGCAGCCCUUCGUUUUACGUCUUUAUCUUCGGAUGUUGUUUCCGUAGGUUCUUGUAUCGAACAAAAACCGAGUCCUAGCGUACUGCAUCUUUGCGCAGUAGACGGUGGAAUACCUGACAAUGUGAAUUUCUUAGUUUUCAUAAGAAAAACCUAGAAAUUAACCUUUCAUGUGCCAAAUACUGUAAGUUACAUUUUUCCUUCAAAAUGUACCUUUUUUCUACAUAUUCAAUAUCUUAGUGAGCAUAAAUCAUUGGUGCCAUGAGAAGUAUUUUUAAACUUAAAUAAAUAUUUAAAUAUCAUGGGGAAAGAGGAAAAAAAAAAAAAGAAAACUGACUUGGGUCGAGAUUUGUUUGCUCUCCCACACUUGAAACCCGAGUGCCAGGCCAUGGAGCCACCAGCAAGGGGACAGCUGAUGUGGCAGACAUGCCCACAUGUUGCUCAGAUGGGCCAUGUGUGCCCCAGAUGUGACACAAGGGCCCCAGAUGUGCCUCCAGCUGCGCCUCCCCUGAUGUGCCACAUGUGCCUCCAGCUCUUCCCCGUGUGUCCGUGCUGUUUCCCCCUAGAUGUGCCACAUGUGCCCCAGAUGUUCCUCCAGCUGUGCCCAGAUGUUCCAGAGCUGUGCCACAAAUGCUCCACCUGUGCCUCCCCUUCCCAACCUGCAGCAGUGAUCUGGGGAGAUCAGACCCCAUACCCAGAAGGAACGUAGCCCCCCGGAGCUGUGGGCACUGCAGGAGAGAGUGGGGAACAACCCCUGGGCUGCUGAGGAACAGUGCCCCACAUCCUUCCGUGGUAACCUUUAACUAAGUACCACUUAUCCUUAGGG